AGAAGUACAGUUCGCCAAGUUCUCCGUUGCAAAUCAUUCCUAUUAAAGUUAUGGCCCUCGUUUCGAUCCAGGACUACGCCCGGCGUGCCUCCCAAAUAGUGCCCCAAAAUGCCUUGGACUACUACCGCAGUGGCGCCGGGGACGAACUGACCCUCCGUUUGAAUCGGAUCGCGUUCGAUCGAAUUCGGAUUCGACCCCGCGUUCUGAACAGUGGUGCCAGCCGAGACAUGACGGUGGAGCUGUUCGGGGAGAAGUUUUCCAUGCCCAUCGGGAUCUCCCCGACGGCCAUGCAACGGAUGGCCCAUCCCGAGGGUGAGGUUGCCAAUGCCAAGGCAGCGGCCAGUCGCGGUAUUCCGUUCACACUGAGUACCAUUGCGACGAGUUCGAUCGAGCAGGUUGCCGCAGGUGCUCCGCGGUCUCCAAAGUGGUUCCAGCUGUACAUCUACAAGGAUCGGAAGCUGACCGAAAAUCUAGUGCGAAGGGCCGAAAAGGCUGGGUUCAAGGCGCUGGUGCUGACGGUGGACGCGCCGAUGUUCGGACUACGCCGGGCUGAUAUGAGAAACAAGUUUUCUCUUCCGCCGCAUUACGUCUUAGCAAACUUUGACGGACAUCUGGCCACCGGAGUUCAGAGCCAGGGUGGAUCCGGAAUAAACGAGUACAUCACGGAGCAGCUGGAUCCGACACUGUCGUGGAAGGAUGUCGAGUGGUUGGUAAAAUUCACCAAACUUCCGGUGAUCGUCAAGGGGAUCCUCACCAAGGAAGACGCGAUCAUCGCUGCGGACUACGGUGUUCGCGGAAUUUGGGUUUCGAACCACGGAGCGAGACAAAUCGAUUCCGUACCGGCUUCGAUCGAAGCCCUGCCGGAGAUUGUGGCCGCCGUUGGGGAUCGGACCACCAUCGUCCUGGACGGAGGUGUGACCGAGGGAACGGAUGUCUUCAAGGCGCUGGCACUGGGUGCGAAGAUGGCGUUCUUUGGGCGGCCAGCGCUGUGGGGACUGGCGGUCAAUGGGCAGCAGGGAGUGGAGCACGUGCUGGACAUUCUGCGCAAGGAGCUGGAUGUGGCGAUGGCGCUGGCGGGAUGUCGGUGCGUGGCGGAUAUCACCCGUAAUCAUGUGGUGCACGAGUCGACGUACGCCAAGCUUUAGAUAGU